GUCGAUCAUCACAUGUGUCCGACGACUUUGGGUGAACGAACACCCAAGAACUUGUCGUUCAGCUUCUUUACAAUCUCCUUCUUUGUCUUUAUUUCGACGAUUAUACGCCCAAAAGCCUUCGACGGGUAUUGUUCAAGGUAUAUAUCCAAAUUAUACCCGGCAUAUAUCAAUCGGCAACCGACAAAAAGGGCGAAAUCAGCGCGUUGAAGUACUCGUCGAGCCAUCCAUCACUCUGCAUCGACAGCCAAACUUGAAGGCUUUGAUUUCCCUUGUCGACGAAUUGUUUUCCAUAUACAAUCAAAGGUAUAAUUGAGAUAACCAGUCAGUCGAACAAUACUUUCAAAAGGCGAAAUACCCAUCGAUCAUCUGGACCCUGUAUCUAUACCACUUGAUACACAUUCAAAACGACGAAUAUCAAGAUACCAUUCGUCUUCUCGACGAAUAACUUUGGGGCAUCAUCAUGACCUCAUCUUCAUCACAUGAGACUCCCUAUCGGUCAUACGUUACCCAUCCAAAUUCUGAACCACGACAGCCUCGCCCUGCCAUGCCAGCAGAUUAUCCUAUGUAUUCUCACCCACCUCCUCCGCCGGUUCAUGGACACGAGCCAACACAUCCGUACGCCAUGCCUCCACCACAAUAUCAAAAUUACUAUCGAGACUAUUACCAGCCGCCACCGCAACGCUUUCAGCGCGAACACGAGUAUACUCAUGGCCAUGGCCAGUUACCGCCACCUCACCCUCAUCAUCCUUAUUCACAUCCGUAUUCACACCCAACCGGCCCUCAACCGCACAUGAUGUCCUACGCAGCACCUCCUUCCUGGCGUCCUGAGCCUUCUUCACCAGUCCGUCAUCAGUCGAUUCAUCCUCCUGCGACCAAUCGUGCAUCUGUGCUUGAACAGUCUACAUCUCGCGCGGAAGAGAAACUAAAAGCCGAGAGUUCACAUGCAGCCGCAGCGGAAGAUGACAACCCGCCUCCUAAAAAACGAGGUCGUCCGCGCAAGCAUCCACUUCCCGUCAUUCCGCCCGACAUGAAGAAGGAUGACCGGUCGUCUGCAUCGAAAGAAGGAGUCAAAAAGCGUUCAAGGGGCAGCGAGGGGCAUUUGAAUGCCGAUCAGAUGGGCUUGGAGGCGGGAAGUGAUGAAUUGGAAGCUGGUUUGACUUUGGCAGGGUUGAAAAGAAGGGAGAGUGCGCCUGCCCCGGUUCCAGAUGCGACUCCAGAAUCCGCCAAGAAAGUGAAGCAAGAGAACGACGAUGGAAAGGAUGAGAAGAAGGAAAAGGAAUCUCAGGUCAAAAAAAGGGGUGAAGGGCUGAAGAAGAGUUGUGCAGAAUGUAGACGAUUGAAAGCAAAGUGCGAUCGGGUGUUUCCAUGUUCCAACUGCAGACGGAGAGGGUGUGCAUUGGUUUGUCCGGACGGUGAUCUCAGUUGCAUGAACGGAAAGCGACUUGUUCUCGCCUCGACAAAGCAAUUGCACGAAAGGAUUCAGCAGCUCGAAGCAGCUCUCUUACAAGCCCACCGCUCGACGACUUCCACCACCCACCCGCUUUUGGCGCCAGAGUACCUCGAUGGGGGCUUUGCGUCUCUGCCCAGUGCGAACGCUGAUAGCAAAGGUGAAGAGACGAAAUCACCCAAAUCACCAAAGUCCCCACUUCCCGAAGGAUCACCGAUACAUGCCAUGUCUACGCCCAGCUUUACGGUCGCGACGCCGCUUUCGUCUGCAGCGGCCAACCUUCCUCCUUCUCGCCGCAUUGCCGUUCAGUCCCUUUUGACGGAAGCUUCUUCUGCGCCUGAAGGAAAGCGCGAGGAUGAAUGGGCGGGAGAGAAUGCGGCUCCGGCGAUGAUCAUCGGCACGGGCCAUGCCCACUCUCACCCCCCUUUUUCCCCUGAAGAUCUCAAUCAGCGACGCCUUGUGUUUGAGCGGCUAAAGCGGAUUAUCAAAGUUCUUCCGUCUAGCGAGGUGACGGCACAGAAGGCAGAGAGGUUCUGGAAGACGUCACAAUGGUACCAGACCAUUCUCCAACGAGAAGAAUUUGAGAAUGUCUACUUUCCUGCCGUCUAUUCGCCCACGCCUGCGAAUCCGCUUUCACCACACAAACUUGCUGUCGUACUCAUGGUCCUCACGCUUGAAGCUUACCUUGACCUCGAGCAAGACGAAGACGCGCCUCUUGUCGCCACGUACUGGGACGCGGUCCAAGCAUGCUUUGACACCCGUUUCGGCUGGGCGGCGAGCAUAGCGGGUACGCAAGCGUUGGCGCUCUGUACGUUGUUUGUCGGUUUUGGGUGGCGCGGUACAAAGGCGAGCAACUUUUACUGGUUACGGCAGAUGACUUCAUCUGCUCUCCAGCUGGGACUGCAUCGCGAUCCGCACCCGUCUUUCCCGGCGGAAGAGCGAGAGUUUAGGCGUCGGGUGUGGCACGAGGUGUACGUCCUUGACUGUUUAAUCUGUCUCAAUCAUGGGCAAAGGGCAUCGAUUCCGGUGGAGUAUAUCGAGACGGCGUACCCCAAGGGGGUGCCUCCGCUGGCGUAUAAAAAGUACGAUUUCAUCAGACUGGUGAAGAGUCGGGUGAUUGAGGUGGGAUGUUUGCCAGAUAGUGCGCCGGCGACGUGGGAUAGGGUGGAAGAUGUGAAACGGUUGUUGAUGCAGUUUGAUGUCACCACGAUCCCCGCGGUGCACUGCCCGUUAUUGAGAGGGGAGCCCUUGCCCGAUCCCGUAGAUGGGUUUUCGGGCGAUGAUGCAAAGGCGUUACAAACGACUACAACUUCAAUGUGCCAUUAUAAAGCUAUGCUCUACCUCUUCCGACCAUCCCUUCGGCGGCUCAUCUCGCGGAUCCGAGCCUGUCCUCCGUCUUUGUCCAUCACGCUUUCCUCUGCGGACUAUGAGACUAUCCAAUACACGUAUCGCGCAUGCCAUGCGAUCACGCUCACAUCUUACUACAUGUUUCACAAACACCCGAAAUUGAUGGCUCGGGCGUGGAUGGUGUGGGUUCAGACGUUUAGUGCGGCGGUCACGAUGGCGGCGUUGGCGAUUUGGUGUGCGCCGUUCGUGGAGGAUAAAAAGGUGGGGGAGGUGCGUGGAGGAGGGGGAGGAGGAGGAGGAGGAGGAGGGGAGGCUGGGGACAAGGAGGAGGAGGGUGGGGGUACGGAGUUUGUGAAGGGUAUUUACGAAGAGUUGAAGGAGGCGUGUGAGAUGAUCCGGGAGAAUGGGUCGAAACGAUCCCAGGGUGUCUUGUCUCUGCUUCCAAUCUUGCUCAACCUGGUGUCGAACGGUACCUCAGGUGCUUGGGAAACCGCUUCAUCAGCCUGGGCAUCGGGGGAAGGGGAGGAAUGCUGUUUCGCUGUUGGGCGACAGUCGACGGGGCUGUAG